AUGGCCAUGGAGGCUGGGAUGAUGCCCAAAUCAGAGCCAUCCACCCUGAAACAGAAGCCCUUCUGCGAUGGACAGACGAUCCCAGCUGUCGAUCUCUUCAACGUUCCCAUCUUCAAGGGCGACUCCUUCACCCCAACCUCCUUCCUCUCCUCACAGCGCCCCCAGAUGCUCCCUACCACCACAUUUGACUCUUCCACCAUUCGUCUUGAAGGAAUCGCAGAAGUAGUCGGCCCUUACAUCCUCUUCGGCCUCUCCAACGCCUGCACCUCCGCCGCUUCCAGUGCUUCCUCCCCUGCCGCUUCCACCAGCUCCACCACCGUCACUACUGAACAGAAGAAGCCGGGGGCAAACUCCACCGCCGGUGUAGUGCCGCAGAAGAGCUACCGCGGUGUCAGGAAGCGCCCCUGGGGACGGUGGUCGGCUGAAAUACGCGAUAGGAUAGGUCGGUGCCGCCACUGGCUAGGCACCUUCGACACGGCGGAGGAGGCGGCGCGAGCCUAUGACGCCGCCGCCCGGCGACUCCGCGGCUCCAAGGCUCGUACCAAUUUCGGCUCUACCUCCUCUUCCUUCCCCCGCUUCCCUCUUCCCGACGCUCCCGCUGCGCCGAGGAAGAAGUGCUCAUCUGCCUCCAAGGGUCCUCCUGUUUCUCCCGUCACCUCCGUCAGCCACCUUUUUGGCUCCUCUCGCGGCGUGUCGUCGGCUGGCGACGCCAGCGCCAAGACUGCCAGCCGCGUGCCUCGGUCUCCUUACGUAAGGAUCGAGCUAGAGUUGAAGUUGAAGUAG